AUGGGGGCCCUCCAUGAGGGCCACCUCUCCCUCGUACGCCACGCCCUCCAAGAAAAUACCGACGUCUUCAUUUCUAUCUUCGUCAAUCCUACCCAGUUUGCCGCGCACGAGGAUCUCGAUUCCUACCCGGUCACUUGGAACGAGGACAUGCAAAAGCUGCAACGGCUGCAGGAGGAACACAUGGCGACUGUUGGCCAGUCGCAGAGACCCGGGGCGAUACGAGGGGUCUUCGCGCCCACCGUCAAGACCAUGUAUCCUACGCUCCCGCCUACUUCAGACAUCGCCGGCCCUGGCUCCUUUGUCACAAUCACACCCCUUGGGUCGCAACUCGAGGGAGCGUCGCGGCCGAUAUUCUUCCGGGGCGUCGCGACAGUCUGCACCAAGUUGUUCAAUAUUGUCCAAGCUGACCGCGUCUAUUUUGGCCAGAAGGAUAUUCAGCAAUCUGUCCUCAUCAAACGUAUGGUCAAGGACUUCCACAUUCCUACCGAAGUUCGCGUCGUGCCCACAGAGAGAGAACCGGACGGACUGGCCAUGAGUAGCCGUAAUGUCUAUCUUGGUGCUCGUCGAAGAGAGGAUGCUACGGUCCUGUCCAGGGCUCUUUUUGCAGUGCGUGACCUUUAUAACGAGGGUUUAUUGGAUGUCAGACGCCUGCGUCGAGCCGCGUUCAACGUUUUCGAGGAGGAUGCCGCACGAGUCAGAAGUGAUGGCCGAGUGGGGCCCAGCGGUCGGCUUGAGAUCGACUAUAUUGCGAUGAGCCAUCCAGACACAAUGGGAACCAUUAUGGACGACGAGAAACUCAAUCCACGCAUCGGCGCCAUCGUCAGCGCCGCCAUGAUAGUCUCCCCGGUCGACAAGCCAAAAACCCAAGAGGAGCUGAACCAGCGGAGCGUCAGACUUAUCGACAAUGUGAUCCUCGAACCCCGUGUAAACAGGAAAGAGCGAAAGCACCUCAGACAGCACGCUGCGAAUCCGGGGAAGUUUCGUAAAGUCCCACAACUGAGCAUUCGGAAGGUCGUUCAGGGGACAUCGGAGGAACCGAAGCCAGAGGGACAGGCCCAUGCUUUGGAAGCAAUAAAAGUCGAAGAGUCGAAGCAAUAA